AACAACAACAACACUAUGAAGAAGAAUAUAUGUAUUUUUAUUAUUAUUUUUUCUUUUUCAAUAGCUUCAACUACACAAACAAAGAAUAAUAAUAAUAAUUCAGGAUAUUAUAGAGCUGCAGUGAUUGAAUAUAAAUCUACAAUUACAAUUGAUCCAAAAUUAAUUAAUACUAGUUUUAUACAAAAUAAUUUGGAUGAUUAUUAUUUAAUCACCAAACAAGCAGCUGAAGAUGGUGCUCAAAUAAUUGUAUUUCCAGAAUAUGGUCUAUAUCAUGGUGAUUUCUACCGUGAUUCAAUGUUACCUUUCCUCGAGGUAAUUCCCGAUCCAUCUUUAUCUUCUGAUCCUGUAAUGUUAGCCAAGUAUCGAAAGACUCAUCUGUAUUUUGAGAGAUCACUUCAGGAACACAAGGCAACAGCUGUUACAUUUGAUACAUCAUUUGGGGUGACCUUUGGCAUAAUGAUAUGUUCCGAUAUCAAUUACAAACAACCCCUUGAUAUGAUAUUGGCAAUGGGUGUUAGAAAUGUAAUACUAUCUUCAGCUUGGUACAACUUUAGUUUCUUGUCCGCAAUUGAGAUGGCACAGGCUUGGUCUUAUCUUAGAAAGAGCACUCUAUUGUUAUCUGGAAUUGGUUCAUCCUUUGAACGGAGUGGUACUGGCAUAUUCUCCAAUGGAGUUAUCUUGGCUUCAGCUUACAAUCCUACAACCAUUUCAAGAACACAAAUAUUAAUAAUAGAUGUUCCAAUAGAUCCUAGUUCAACAGUAUUCACAUCACUAAACAUAAGUGGUAACUUUGAAACAGAUAAUAGACAAUUGUUUCCAGGAAUGGCAACUUAUCCAAAUGGCAACUAUCUUGGAGAGUAUGUCAACCAAGAUACUCACUUCUCUGCUUCAAACAUUGAACAUCCCUUGAUAUCAAUGCAUAUGAGGUCAAUGAAGUGGGUCGAC